AUAACUCACAUAGAACUCGUUGUGUGUGAUUAUCAGCAAUUAAAUUGAAGAAAACCCGGUAGAAGCAAUGCCAAAUUUAAUUACCUAGUAGAACACGAAACUGAUGGCGAUCUGUUACGGGUGAGUUCCUCACGCGAAAUCAAAUAAAAACCGAUCAUUCAGAUUCUGGGAAUUUGAGUCUAGCUUAAAUUUGGGAAAAUACGAUUUUUUUUUUACAAUUCAACAUCGUACUUUUCAUUUUCGUUCGUAGUAUAAACACAGAUAGGCUGUAGUUUAAAACCCAAUGAAGACAGAUAUUUUCAGCAAUACUACAAUAGUGGUAAUUUGUGGUAAAAUUGGGAUGACAAGUUAAAACUUGUUAUGACGACUGCUCUUAUGAUAUGAAAGCAUCAGAUGUCGGGUGCUUGUUAGAAAAUUUAUUGUUUUCUUGAAGUUCAUGUUACUAAUAGGUUAAAUAUGUUUCUCAAACUUCCAUGUUUACCUUUUGAUUUUUGAAAUGAAAUUGGUGGGGAUCCAGGCCCCAGCAUACUAGCAAUCGAAUUGGUAGAAAUGAAAAACGCAUUAAUAAUGGGUAAAUUGUCUUAGUAAGUCUUAACCGCUUUACCGACUUUAGUCCAUUAUUAACCGUUGCCAUGCAACAGACCUUCUCAAACACAAGAAUUCACUGACUCAUCAGUGUUAGAAUCUUCCCUUGAGGAUAAAAUAAGGUUCAGUGCAUAAAAAAAAUAUGACAGCCUGUUGUCGUUCCUAUUUAUCAGUGAAGAGUUCAGUUUACAAUCAAACUGGCGAAAAUUUCUUCCAACAGUUGGGAGUCUAUAAUCACAUGAACACUCAUCUCCGUCGAGUAUUACAAGCGAAAUGUAUAGUUGACGCGAAGAAUCCGCGAUACGUCCAGAGACACGAGAACUACAAGUACCUUAGAGGAGAAAAAUGUCUGCACAAGUGUCAUUCCUACGACAACAUUACGAUAUCGACUCGAAAUUCUCAGUAUCAGUUAAUGGACAUGCUGCAGCCGAGUUGCGGAGCGACCAAAGGGUCCACAAAGUCACUGGCAUCAUUCAAGAGCCCGAAGUGUGAUAAACACCUGAUGGAUCCCAGAAGGAAGAUUCCAUCGAGACAAGAACUUGGCGGUUGCAGAGUCACCAUGCAUCUAGCUGAGCCCGAAAGGCCGGUAAUGAAGAGCUACCCGGCUGAUCAAAUAUAUCCCGACUAUGAGUCGAGUUUUGAGGCCUCAACAAACACCUCCGAGCGCGGAAUUACUGAAACGAAAGACCACAAGUCAACGUCCCCGAAGAAAAACGCCUCAAAACGUCGAAGAAAACAGUUGGAGAAUCUCAAAUACCUGAAAUUCCUCCAUGACAUUACCCAAGAAAUCAUAGACACCGGCAUUCACAGAGACGAAGAGAUAAAAGAUGUCAUCAAAAAACACCUGGCAAAGAAUUUAUCCAUUUUAAACAGGAAAAAAAUGCUCAAAAAAUUGCACCAGCUGACAUCAGCCUUGAACAUUGCCGAGGACGAAGAGGAAGAAGGACAGGAAAGUGACACAUCCAGUGACAGGACGUGUUCGUCAAUCGGGAAAAAUCAAAGUACUAUUAACAGAAAUGAGAGGAGUGAUAAAAGUGAAGAAAUAAAAUCUGCUAGAGACUCCAGUGAGUCUCAGGAGUCUGACGAGUCCAUUGAGUGGCAAUCUGAAAUAGAAUCAGUGAUCAAUGAAGAGGACUCCACGUCGGAGAGGAUUCAUCCCCUGGAAACGUAAAUUUAUUCCCAAACACAAGAAUUGUAACAAUAGUAUAUACAGCGUUGAUUCACGUAUUCGACUGUUACACCAUUUUACAAAAUGCGAGCUAUUUUGUCCUCAAGGAUGGUGCCGACAAUAUCGUGUCAAUAUCGGUUAUAAAAACCUUGGUAGGGCGUUUAGUUUUUUGGCAAAACAAGCUUAGUGUCUAAAACCAAUCAAAUAAAAUACUAAGAAAGAUAUUGAUAACAUAUUCAUUGUCGACGUAAUUUAAUAGAUUGAAAAAUUAUGAUUCAAGGAGUAGACAAUUUUUUCAGUGCAUCAUUGUUUCCUCUGAAUGAAUGAAAAAUAGCAUAAAAUAUUCUCAAAAGCGUGAAUUGUUAUCUUUUGGAGAAAUUAAAUAACCAGAAAUGGACUGUGAGUAUCCUCAUCUACGCCCAUUUCAGAUCAAUCAGCCUACGUUUGUUAAUAUCUCCAAGAUUGAAAUUGCAAUUGACAAAUUUCCAUGGAAAAACAAUCAAUCAAGACAGUUGGUUACCCUCGUGAAAGUUGAGCGUGAUCUCUGGAGAAAUAAAAUCUCGAGGAACAGCACUCUCACAAAUCAUUUUCCAUUUCAAAUUGAAGAUUUUCACUUUAUGAAUUCCUCAACGUGUUUAUUUUGCCAUAUUUAACCCCUUCCUAAUUUUUAUCUCAAAAACUAAACAUACUACAAAAACUAUCGAAAAAGGGUUAGAAAUCACGUUAAAAAAUAGUAAUCUCCGCGUAAAAAUAUCUUGAAAAAAACUCCACGACAGAAACAUCCAGUCGAAAUUGUCCUUUAAAAUAAAUCGGAAAAAAUGUUUCGAUUAAAGUGAAUUUUCAGCGUUUACAUGCUGUCUGAAAUAAAAACAAUAUAUUGAUUUUCUGCUAGGUAAUCAGGAUUAAGGACAGCUUCGAGCUAUAAUUCAUGAACGUUAUAUUCAGGUAACUAUUAUCCACAUCCAACGUAUUUCCUAUUAUUCUUCCAUACUAUCAUGCUGUUGAGAUCUGCUGGUGCCUCGCAAAAAAUAUACGUUUAUUUAUAUGAAAAAUACGUAUUCUUUAUCAAAAAAUUUCAAUAAUGGUGAGAAUUUUAAAGGCGAUUGGAAAAGAAAAUGUCAAAAACAUUUGACUAAAGGAUGUUGUGCUGACGAAUAUUUCGGUCCUAGAUAUUUUUACACGAAGAUUUCUUUCAUGAUAUUUUGACGUUUCACUAAAGUUGGUCUCAUACUUGAUAUCGAAUGGGCCCGUAUUUUGUAUAAUUGUGUUACCAAGCCUGAACUAUGACAUUUAUGUAAAAAAAUAUAAGCAUCAGAGUUUUAUAUCUAA